AUGGCGUCCAGGUUUGAAGAUGUUACAGAUUCUGAUGUGGCGGCAUUAAAAGACGCUACCGAAAACAUGAACACCCGUAAAAGCACAGUUAACUGGUUGAGAGUUUUUGAGAACUGGUGUGAUGAAAAUGCCCACGACAAAAGCGCUGAGAAGCUUACUCCUGAACAGCUGGAUAAAGUUCUUGAGCGGUUUUAUGCCUCUGUCCGUAAACAAGACGGAACCGACUACGAACCUGGCUCCUUAAAAGUAAUGCAAGCAGCACUUGACCGCCACCUGAAGGAAAAGGGUACUCUUUGUCAAUUAUAA